AUGAAGCAUUUUAUGCAACCAAGAAACCCGAUCUUGAGAGAGAAUUCUGUUGAUACUCCACCAUCAAACCCUAGUUCGAUUAAGCAGACUAAAUCUUCUAGUAGAAAGCAGAAAUCUUCUAAAGAAAAUGCUCCACCUUCUGAUAUCAACGCUAUUCCAGAUUCGUCACCAUCUUUCACAGGUAAACCCUCUCCCGUCGCCGCUGGUAAAUUGAAAUCCCCCCUCCCACCAAGACCUCCUCCGUCAAACCCUCUCAAACGGAAGCUUAGUAACGAUUUUCCUCUUGAAAAUGGUGUUGCUGGAUCUUCUGAUACAGGAGUCAAGGUUAUUGUGCGAAUGCGGCCAGCAAACAAGAAUGAAGAAGAGGGGGAAAUGAUAGUCCAGAAGACAUCUGGUGAAUCAUUGUCUAUAGUUGGGCAACCAUUUACUUUUGAUUCUGUGGCAGAUGGAGCCUCAACUCAGGUAGAUAUAUUCCAGCUUGUAGGAGCUCCCCUUGUUGAAAAUUGUCUUUCUGGAUUCAACAGUUCUGUAUUUGCAUACGGGCAGACUGGGAGUGGAAAGACUUACACAAUAUGGGGGCCAGCCAAUGCAUUGUUGGAAGAGGAGUUAUCUAGUGAUCAACAAGGGUUGACACCACGUGUUUUUGAACAACUAUUUUUUCGCAUUACUGAGGAGCAAAGUAAACAUGCUGACAAGCAACUCAUGUAUCAGUGCCGCUGUUCUUUUCUCGAGAUCUACAAUGAACAAAUUACUGAUUUGUUGAAUCCAGCUCAAGGAAAUCUUCAUAUAAGAGAAGAUACCAAAACUGGUGUCUAUGUUGAAAAUUUGACUGAGGAGUCUGUUAGCACUAUAAAGGAUGUGAAGCAGCUUCUGAAAAAGGGGUUGUCAAACAGGAGGAUAGGAGCUACAAGUAUAAAUUUGGAGAGUUCUCGGUCUCACAGUGUUUUUACUUGUGUUGUUGAAUCACGAUGCAAGAGCAUGGACGGUCUGAGUAGCUUCAAAACUAGUCGAAUAAAUCUUGUUGACCUUGCUGGGUCAGAGAGACAAAAGUUAACUGGUGCAGCUGGAGAGCGCUUAAAAGAAGCUGGGAAUAUUAAUCGAUCACUUUCACAGCUCGGAAACUUGAUAAACAUUCUAGCGGAGGUUUCACAAACAGGAAAGCAAAGGCAUAUCCCUUACAGAGAUUCAAAAUUGACGUUUUUGUUGCAGGAAUCUCUUGGUGGUAAUGCAAAACUUGCUAUGGUCUGUGCCAUCUCUCCAGCACAAAGCUGUAAGAGCGAGACUUUUAGUACAUUGAGAUUUGCCCAGCGUGCCAAGGCUAUUAAGAACAAGGCAGUUGUUAAUGAGCAAAUGCAGGAUGAUGUGAAUACACUACGUGAAGUGAUAAGACAACUUAAGGAUGAACUGCUGCGUAUGAAGGCAAAUGGCAACCAAGCUGACCCAAGUACAGGCUAUUCAACAGGGUGGAAUGCUCGUAGAAGCUUGAAUCUUCUGAAAUUUAGCCUCAAUCGUCCAAUGAUGUUACAUCAAAUGGACGAUGAUAUGGAUGAAGAAAUGGAAAUCGUUCAGGAAGCUGAGCAAGUUCUUUCAGCAGCCACUGAAGCAUACAACAAUAUGGACACAGUUGCUGGAGAUGAUGAAGAAAUCUCAGUCCAUUCAAAUGACGUUUCUAUGGAUGAUGCUGGAAACGACACAUCUUCUUCAAAUGAUUUGGGGGACCGUGUUACUCCUAAUCUAAUGAUAGUACCAUCCGAAGUAACCCUAGUCCUGAAAUCUCCAACUCCAAGUGUUUCACCAAGAGUUACUAGCAGCAAUAGAAAGAGUUUGAGGACUUCCUCGACAUUGGAUGCUUCUCCUCAAACCGACCGUUUGGCGGCCAGUCUCCAUCGUGGUCUUGAAGUAAUUGAUAAACAUCGCAAAAGUUCUGCUCUGGGACGUUCAUCAUUCAGGUUUUCUUACAAACCUGUAAGCUGUGAACCAACAUCGAUUAGAAAAGAUGUUGGUGUGCAAACUCUUUCUCAAGAGAAAGAGUUAGCAGAAGAGAAGCCCAUUCCGUUUUUGUGCAGCAACUGCAAGUGCAAAAGCUCAGAAGUAGUAGAAGAUGGGAAUGAUGGUUCAAAUCUGCAGUUGGUUCCUGUUGAUGACUCACAGUUGGUCGAUAAAUCUAGGCAGCUAGUUCCAAAAGUAGUAGAAAAGGUCUUGGCCGGAGCUAUAAGGAGAGAAAUGGCACUAGAAGAGUUCUGCACCAGGCAAAACUUUGAAAUUAUGCAACUUAAUCGUCUGGUGCAACAGUAUAAACAUGAACGGGAGUGCAGUUCAAUCAUUGGGCAAUUGCAGGAAGACAAAAUUGCUCGUCUUGAGAAAUUGAUGGAUGGUGUUUUGUCUGCUGAGGAAUUCGUUGAUGAAGAAUUGACGUCUUUAGCAAAUGAGCAUAAGAUUCUGAAGGAAAAAUAUGAAAAUCAUCCAGAAAUUUUAAGGACAGAAACCGAGUUAAGAAAUGUACAAGAUGAAUUGGAACGUUACAAGAACUUCCAUGAUAUGGGGGAGAGGGAUGUGUUGUUGGAAGAGAUUCAAGAUCUAAGGACCCAACUUCAAUCUUAUAUAGAUUGUUCGCCUAAGUUGUCUCAAAAGCAGAGUACCGUCUUGCAAAUAACCUAUCCGUGUGAAUCCGAUGGAGCUCCAUCUUUAAGCACUAUUCCAGAAUCAACUGUGGAGAGUGCUGAACAGAGAUUUGAAUCAGAGAGAAUCAAAUUCAUUGAAGCAGAGAGCAAAUGGAUUUCUCUUGCAGAAGAGUUGAAAUGUGAACUCGAAGCUAGCCGGUUGCUUGCUGAAAAGCAAAAGCAGGAACUUGAUAUAGAGAAAAAAUGUUCAGAAGAGCUGAAGGAAGCUAUGCAAAUGGCCAUGGAGGGUCAUGCGCGCAUGCUUGAACAGUAUGCUGAUCUAGAGGAGAGACAUAUUAACAUGCUUAUUAGGCAGCGCAGAAUUCAAGAUGGGAUUGAAGAUGUUAAGAAAGCAGCUACUCGAGCUGGAGUAAGGGGCGCUGAAUCCAAAUUUAUAAAUGCCCUUGCUGCAGAAAUUUCAGCCCUAAAGGUGGAAAGAGAAAAGGAGAGACGACAUUUUAAGGAUGAGAAUAAAGGGCUUCAGGCCCAACUAAGAGAUACUGCUGAAGCUGUCCAGGCUGCUGGUGAAUUACUUGUCCGACUCAAAGAAGCAGAAGAAGCUGUUGCUGCUGCAGAGACACGAGCUAGAGAUGCUGAACAAGAAACAGAGAAUGCUUAUAAACAGAUUGAAAGACUAAAGAAAAAACAAAAGAAUGAGACACCGCCCCCGGUUUAUGAUAUGCCAAUAUAUGAUGGAGAUGAGUCAAACAUCACAUUUGACCAGCAACCCAGAGACGAAUUCUAUAAUAUCGACAAAGAAGAGUUUACCACACUACCAGAACCCUCUUCUUGGUUUUCUGGAUACGACAGAUGCAACAUAUAGGUACGAAUAUUCAAUAUCCAGAUUUGUAUGUACUGAUAGAAAUUCUUGUUAUGUAUAAAUAGCAAUAUGAUAUAAGCUUUUAAGGCCAUGUCUUUUAUCAAGCCUUUUCCUGGUGGUUCUCACAUACAGAGAAGACCACUUUAUAUGUCUUCCUCUCCUCCCUUGUAUCCCGUU